UUCGAUUGAUUAAUUUAAUAUCCGAUACUGAUGAAAAUAGAAUUACAUGGAAGAUUCAACAAGCGGACUAAUCUGAUAUACACAGCAGGCAACGUACGAUAAGCCAUGAUCGAAACCGCCCCCAAACGCGUAUGGUAAUCCAACUUGGUUUCAACUACGCCAUGAAUAAAAUACCCGAGCGAAGAUCAGUGUUGUCACAUCAACGUUACUUGUAUGUUUUAAAAAUUGUGUUAGCUAACAAUAAGUCAUGAAAAUUUUUGGCAAAUUGUUUCGAAACAAAAGGAGACGACGUGAGAUAUCCAAGAGAAAGAGAAAAGUUAUGACGAAGAAAAAAAUUGUUGGGAAAACGUACAACGGAUUGCACCAUUUUCCCAAUGAUGAUUUUUUAUUUGGCGACAGUAAAAGGAUCUCAAAACGAGCUCGACGGAAACGCACGAGCGGAGAUAGAGGAUGGGAGAUACAUCAGGUCACCGUUACCAGAGUACCAGGAUAUGGUUUUGGUAUCGCGGUAUCUGGUGGUCGUGAUAAUCCACAUUUUACCAAUGGUGACCCAGCUAUUGCAAUCUCCGACGUUUUGAAGGCCGGACCUGCGGAAGGAAAGUUGCAGGUAAACGAUCGCAUCAUUUCCGCAAACGGAGUAUCGUUAGAAGGUGCCGAUUAUGGAGCAGCUGUCCGAGUUCUUCGGGACUCUGGAUCGACCGUUUUAUUGGUCGUUAAACGGAGAGCUUCGUCGAACUCAUCAACUUGCCAAGGCAAUUCUGCUCCGCAAACUCAUCGACUUACGCUCACGCGAAAUAAUAAAAAAGAUGAUUUUGGAAUUGUAUUGGGUUGUCGAUUGUACGUAAAAGAAGUUACGCGAGAAAAUAUUGGAGUUAAACCUGGCGAUAUAUUAACGCGAAUAAGCGGUAUUGCCGCUGAUAAUAUGAGUCUAAAGGAAGCAAGAAAGUUAAUGGAUCAAUGUAAGGAUCGUUUGUCCAUCGUUAUUACCAGAGAUUCUUCGUGUUGUCAUGUCCAACAACAAGUUAAAACUGAUAGCGGCGAGUAUUUGUCCGGUGCGAGUUACAGCAGUCAAAAUUUGUACGUUCCACCACCAACAAGACAACCAUUGGAAGAUAAAAGUAAUCUGGUUCCAAGGGGACGUUCAAGAGGUCCUUUAAUGGACGUUUCUUUGAGUCAAUUGGAUUUACCAGCUACACCAACAGUAGAUCCACCUAGACCACCACCACCAAGACCUGAAGAUUAUUACAGUUCCCGGAGGCAGAUGUACGAUGAGGACUCUAUUACACAACGAACGAAACAGCCAAUGCCGGAUCCACGAUUCAUUACCUUCCAAAAGGAAGGUUCGGUAGGGGUACGAUUGUGCGGAGGAAAUGAAACUGGCGUUUUUGUAACAGCGGUUCAAGCUGGAAGUCCGGCCUCUCUUCAAGGUCUUCAACCGGGUGAUAAAAUUUUAAAGGUAAAUGACAUGGACAUGAAAGGUGUAACCAGAGAGGAAGCGGUAUUGUUUCUUCUUAGUCUUCAAGAACAAAUCGAUCUGAUCGUACAGCAUCGACGUCAGGAAUACGAUCAAAUAGUUGCAUCCGGUAGAGGUGAUUCGUUUCACAUCAAGACACAUUUUCAUUAUGAACAACCUGAAAAGGGAGAAAUGAGUUUUCGCAGUGGUGACGUCUUUCACGUGGUAGACACUCUUCAUAAUGGAGUCGUAGGUUCUUGGCAGGUAUUUCGAAUUGGAAGAAACAAUCAAGAAGUACAGAAAGGUAUUAUUCCAAACAAAGCGCGCGCCGAGGAACUUGCUACUGCACAAUUCAAUGCCACGAAGAAGGAAUUAAGCGCUAGCGAGAGCAGAGGUAGUUUCUUUAGGAGAAGAAGAAGUAGUCAUAGACGUUCAAAAUCUCUGGGAAGGGAUCAUUGGGACGAUGUGGUAUUCUCCGACAGUGUCAGUAAAUUUCCAGCUUACGAACGAGUCAUUCUACGACAUCCUGGUUUUGUUAGACCAGUCGUACUUUUUGGCCCUGUCGCUGAUCUUGGUAGGGAAAAAUUACUUAAGGAUUUUCCCGACAAAUUUACUUCCCCACAAAUGGAAAGUCAAAUGGAAGACAGCGGUAAUAAAAAUACUAAAUCAUCGGGUAUAAUCCGUUUGAGUGCCAUCAGAGAAGUAAUGGAUAGAGGAAAACAUGCUCUUCUAGAUAUUACUCCGAAUGCUGUAGAUCGAUUAAAUUAUGCCCAGUUUUAUCCUAUUGUGAUAUUUUUAAAAGCUGAAACAAAACAAGUUAUUAAAGAAAUGAGAGCAGGUAUUCCCAAAUCAGCGCACAAAAGUAGCAAAAAACUUUUAGAACAAUGUCAGAAAUUGGAUAAAAUUUGGGGACAUAUAUUUAGCGCUGUUAUCACACUUACAACUCCUGAAGCUUGGUAUCGAAAACUUAGAGAACUGAUAGAUCGUCAGCAGCAGGGAUCUUUAUGGAUGAGCCAAACAAAGCCGGAAGAAGCCCUCUCGGAUGAUUUCCUAUUCCCGAUGACUUCUCGCCUCUCCUACGCUUCCUCUCCGGAGAGUGAUCUGGAAUUAAGCCCUGCACCAGCGCUUCCUGGGACAUUGGGUCCACCUAUACGCUUGAAAAGUAGUUCAGAUCCAAGUAUUGCUACUCAAGAUGAUACAACCGCACCUCCUCCAUAUUCUACAAAUUAUCAACAAUCUUUUGAACAACAUAAAAGAAGAUCACAAGGAGGUGCUGGAGAUAGCAAAUAUGGUUUCUCUUUAUCGGGACAAACGAGUAAUCAAUCUGGUUCUCCUGAAUAUCUCGGUACUUCAUUCGAACCUAGAUCUCCACAUCAUAGUCCUCCGGAUCUACCACCACGGAUCGAUCGAAAUAUUAAACCAACAAAUCAAACAACACGGGGAACGGUACGUUCUACGCAAGAAAGGCUCAUUAAUAAAACUGAUUCUGUUUUGGACGUUGGAAAUUAUAUAAAUGCAUCGCCUCAUAAAGUAAAUGCUACGUCAUCUCUUGAAAGGACACAAACAAAAACGGGAAGUUACGAUAGUAUGUCUUCAUAUGAUUCAUAUAAUAAUAAUACUAAUGGAAAUUCAAGUUAUGCUGGUGUUAAUCUGAAUACAUCGACCAAUCGUUUAGGCCCGAAUGUACCUGAUGACUUAAAAAGUAGUGGCAUGUCAGCUAGAGCCCAUGACCCAUACAGAUUUACAAGAUCUACAGCUCAACCUGUAGCUACACAAGAACCUCAAGCUACUAGAACAGAUUAUGCCAAAUAUAGCAGGACCACAGACUAUAAACCAAUAUCAAUUCCACAAAAUAAGCCAGGAGGAUCAUACAAACCCAUACCACCGCCAAAGCCCAAGAAUUACAGGCCACCCCAAACAACUUUAGUAGGAGAUGAAAAUAGUGGAAAUAAUAGUAAUAAUGGGAACAAUGGAAAUAAUGGAAACAAUGCUUAUCAGCACACGAAAAGUUAUUCUAUUGCCACUUCACACGUGCAUAAUGGAGUAGAAAAUAAUAGCAACGUUAGACGCAACAACAGUCAGUAUUAUUAUAAUAUUCCACCUCCCACUCGUCAUAAUGAAAAUAACCAAGUAAAUUCGCAUCAUAAUCACAGCCACAUAACUCCGCCAAUACAUAGUCAUAGCCUGAGUCAUACUCAUCCACACUCUAGUCCUCCUGUGACUUCUCAUUCUCAUUCAAAUAGUGCUGGUCAAAUAAAUCUCAGUUCCACGCAUAAUCGAAACAACAUUAAUCAUAAUGGUUUCAAUCAUAAUAACAGUCAUGGAAGUGGAAGCCAAACUUAUGCUUCUGGUAAUUCUACUCACAAUAGAGAACCUAAUGGUUUAGAUUUAGCUGGAAGCAGGGAGCAAAGAGGUAGUGCCUUUGAACUUUAUCGGAAACCGGUACAUCAUUAUAAUAUUAGAUAAGUAUAAAUUGUGUACCGCUAUAAAUAAUAGUAAUUACAAGAAUCACACAAUGAUAUAAAUAUAGAAAACCGUCUGCCUUAAAACUACCUCUGUAUAAAGAUUGGCGAAAAAAUAGUUAGCAAUGUAUUUUAUAUAUACUUAUUUUACAUAAUAUGUAAUAAACUAUAGAUUAAAAAAGUAUGGUGCGAUAGUGUCUGCUUUGAUAGAUCAUUAAAAGUCUAUCUAUAUAAAAUUUGUAUUUUAUUUUAAUGUAACAGGAAUAAUGGAAUAUUUCAAAUGAUAAUGUCAUUACAUUGAUUGUUAUUGCAUUUAAAUGGUAAACUAAUUAUAUAUAUAUAUAUAUAUAUGAAAAACUAUGACAUGUGAUAUAAUUAAAAUAACAUCGAGAGACAGAUAAUCAUUAUACUCUGUGUACACAUAUAAGUUUUAAUAUGUUUAUUUAUUUUGAAUCUAAAAUUCAAGAUGGAAAAUCAUAUAUAUUCUUCCAAAGAGAAAUCAAUUUUUUUUUCUUUUCUUUUCUUUCUUUUUUUUUUUUUUAUGAUAAAAUAUACAAACUAACAUAACUAAAUAAUUAUCUCUUAUAUAGAUCAUCAUUUUUAUAAUGUACUGAAUGAUCGCAUAAAUAUUGUUGUAUUGAAAAAUUAUAGAUAAAUAAAACCAUUAAAAUUUAUGUGAAGUUAGAGGGAAAUAAAAAAUAAAUAAAUAAACCAAAAAUUAAAAUUAUUCUCCGACAAGUAUUAAAAUGAUUUAUUCUGUUUAGGUGUUUAUAAAUUGAUAAAAAAACAAUUGCAUUACAUAGUGUCGAUGGACGCAAUAACUAGCCACUAAUAUCAAUUGAUAAUUGGUGACGUUGUAUUGUUUCUUUUAUAUUUGAAUGAGAAUUGAUUAAAUUAGAAGUAACGAAUCUGAUAUAUUUCCUAACUGUGUUCCAAAUCUAUUUAGCUCUCUUAUAGAAAUGUUCUAUUUAAAUCAACAAUAACUAUUUCUCCUUUCGCAAAUAAAUUCUAUUUUAAUAUUUGUCAUUUAUUAUAUUGAGUCUUACAAUCAAGCUGAUAUAUAUAUAUAUAUAUAUA